UCGGGCGCGGGCGCGGAGAGCCGUCGCAGACGUCAACAAACCGGCAGCUGUCGCCCGCGCGGCCCAGUGGAACAUGCUGCGCUCGCCGUCGCACGAGUCCGUCACCACGGACCUGUCGCUCUUCUCCGUGUCGUCUCUGGCGUCCGAGGCCGGGACGGGGCGGCGCCUCGUCACCUUCAAGUCUUACAGCGAGGCGCAGCUGGCGGCGGCGGCGGGCGGCGUCGCGGGGGCUGGGGGCGCCCCUGGAGGCAGUGCGGCCAGGGGGCCCAGCCCCAACCCCGACACCAGGCACUCCAGGCCUGCUGACAUACCGGAGAUACUAUGGUUCGAGGAGGAGACGGAACUGAUUCGCAGCUGUGGCGCCCUCAGCUCUGCCCUCGGACUGCAGAAGAGCUUCAGCACGAGCGACAUCAGCCAGCUGCCGUCGCCGCAGGGCACGGCGGCCGCGCGCUGCGCCGUGUCGGAGCUGGCGCUGUGGGGCGACGCGACGCACGCGCGCCUCGAGCCGGCGUCGCGCUCCUGCUCCACGUGGGUGGCCGUCGGCGACGUCGCCUCCACGUCGCAGCUGCCCUCGCCGCACGGCGCCCCGCCGCCUCCCGUUCCCGCCUUCACUGCCGCAGAUCUCAUCCGCUCCGUCAACAAGAAGGUACGUAAUCCCUCCAGCCCCUGUCUGCGUCACUCGGCUUAG